GCGCGGGAGCUUGCUUGCUGCCGGGCCGGAGCUGUCCGCCUCGCCGCUUCCCAGCGCGUUGCACCACGGUGCCCGGCGGCGGCCGGAGAACGUAGAAGAGCGAGGGUGCCAACGGUCCAGCCGGUCUGAGGCCCAAGUCCCGGAGCACCUCGUGCAGCGGUCGCGGGGCCGUCCCCGCGGCUGCUGCCAUGACCGACUCUCUCUCCAGAGGGGACUCUUCCUCAGCGGUUGCUGUAGAGAGAGAUGAGGGGCGGCUUCUGGCCGUGGGACCGUGAGACUGGUUAGUGGCCGGCCAGUUAGGGGGACGCCGUGGACGGCCGCCUGCGUGCUACUGGGCUGGUUGCUUUGGCCCCGAGGCUCGUGGGGGAGCGGUGACAUGUUCCCGCGGAGGCCGCUGGCCGCCUGGCUGGCGGGGGCGCGGGGCGGGGGCCUGCUGGCCCUGCUGGCCAAUCAGUGCCGCUUCGUGACGGGCCUGCGCGUGCGGCGCGCGCAGCAGAUCGCGCAGCUCUACGGCCGACUCUACUCGGAGAGCUCGCGCCGCGUCCUUCUCGGCCGCCUGUGGCGCCGGCUGCACGGCCGCCCUGGCCAUGCCUCUGUCUUGAUGGCGGCGCUCGCCGGCGUGUUCGUGUGGGACGAGGAGAGGAUCCAGGAGGAGGAGUUGCAGAGAUCCAUUAAUGAGAUGAAACGGUUGGAGGAAAUGUCACAUUUGUUUCAGAGCUCUGGAAUCAGGUGCCACCUUCCAGAACCAAAAUCUCAAACAGAAGGGAAUGAAGAUUCGGAAGACAAAGAACAACCAUGGGAAAUGGUGAUGGAUAAGAAACACUUCAAGCUGUGGAGGCGUCCAAUUACAGGCACCCACCUUUACCAGUACCGAGUUUUUGGAACUUACACAGAUGUGACACCCCGGCAGUUCUUCAACGUUCAGCUGGACACAGAGUAUAGAAAAAAGUGGGAUGCCCUGGUGAUCAAGCUGGAGGUGAUCGAGAGGGAUGUGGUUAGUGGUUCUGAGGUUCUUCACUGGGUAACCCAUUUUCCUUAUCCAAUGUACUCACGGGAUUAUGUUUAUGUUCGGCGGUAUAGUGUGGACCAGGAAAACAACAUGAUGGUGUUGGUGUCACGUGCUGUGGAGCACCCUAGUGUGCCAGAGUCUCCGGAAUUCGUCAGGGUCAGAUCGUAUGAAUCCCAAAUGGUUAUCCGUCCCCACAAGUCAUUUGAUGAGAAUGGCUUUGACUACUUGCUGACAUACAGUGACAAUCCCCAGACUGUGUUUCCUCGCUACUGUGUUAGUUGGAUGGUUUCCAGUGGCAUGCCAGAUUUCCUGGAGAAGCUGCACAUGGCCACUCUGAAAGCCAAGAACAUGGAGAUUAAAGUAAAGGACUACAUCCCAGCUAAGCCUUUGGAAAUGAGUAGUGAAGCCAAGGCCACUGCCCAAUCCUCCGAGCGGAAGAAUGAGGGCAGCUGUGGCCCUGCUCGGAUUGAGUAUGCCUGAUGGGCUUUGGGAUAAGAAGGAAUAGGCACUUCCAGCCCUAUCUCGGUCUCUUUUCACUCUGCUACAGAAUGGGGACAAGCCACAUGUAUUAGAAGGCAGGCAUCUGUUGUAACUACGAGUGCAAGAUAAUUCAAUAACUGAUGUCCGAUUUCAUUCAGAGCCCUUAUUGCUCUUAUCAACACAGAGAGAAGGCUACAUCCAUGGGGAUGUUGUCACAUUCUCAGGCCAACUAUUUUGAAAUUCAGUAUUUCACUGAACUAAUCUGGAACAAACCUCUCACCUCAGGCCAGAAAGAGAUGACCUUCAUUUGCAUCCUCUGAGUAAUUUCCUCUGCUGACAUUCCAAAUCCCACCAUUGGUUUUGCAGUGCUUUGGAUUUCAUGUAGUUCUGCAGGUCCACAUGGAAAGUGUAGUUGGCCGGUAGAGUCAAAUGAGGGGUUGAUGGGAGUGUUCUUGGUAACAGUCUUGAUGGGAAUGGGUGUGAACGAUACUUGGCCAUGUUAAGUGCCUUGUCCUCACCUUUUAUCUUUAGGGACAUGAAGUUUAUACCAAGACAUUUCUCUCCUUGCCUGCAUAAUAUCACCCCAUUGACUCACUUUACCCAAAGCAGCUUCCUUUGAAUCGGCUGGGUUUUCUAUAUUCAUGCACAGAAUUCAUUGGAUGAUUGCUUCCUUCCUAACCUUAGCCCAUUUUCAAGAGCACUGGAAGAUGAAUCCUUUUAGAUAGUAGCUCCCUUUGUCAUCAGUGUGUUGAUAGGGUCAGUGGAGAUGCUCAAAACAUCACAUUUAAAUUAAAUUUUUUUAAACCUUUGUGUCAAAAAGGAGGAAUUGGGGAGUUGAGUGGAAUACAGCUCCACUGUAUAGAAAACACCAUUUAGAUUCAGGCAUUAUUUUUUAGACUUGAGGUUUGACUUGUCCUUUUUGGAAGGCUAAAGGCAGAGAAAUGAUGGCUGGGCCACUCCCCCGGAGCUAGAUCUGUAGACAAGCUGUGUGAACGCAUAGGUGUGAUCUUGCCCCAAAUACUAAUAUAGUGGGGGUGUGGUUUGUGUGACCCUCUUGUUUCGUUAAAAAGUUUUUCCUUCUCUCUUCAGAGCUAAAAUAAAACCAACUGCGCUGUUCAGAUAAGGUCACAAGCAGAUGGUAUCAGUUUGGCCUAGCCGGUUUUGCUGUGGUCAUGCUGCAGUCUCUUGGGAGAAUAGGGAUCAAGUUUUACAUCUUCCUCCUCCUUUUUUUCUGGAGUCUAAAUGACUAGAUUUUUCCUUUUUUUUCCCCCCCUGCUCGUUGCCCUUUUUUUGGUGUUAAAAAGUGAUCUAAACCUGAGACUAAUGUAAACCCUUCCUUGACCUUCUUGUUGCCUAUACAGUUUUGUGCCAAGGAAAUAACUGCCCCAGUGUUUUAUGUCUUGCCUUCUCUGAGUUGUUGGCAGAGCAGAGAGAGAAGCAUUGAACAGUCCCAGCUUCUUUUCAUUAAUCACUUCUCUCUUCUCCCUAGGACCUGACAAAAGCCAGAGAAGAGUCCCUGGGUUAUGUCUGAACUUAGCACCUGUGAUCACUGGGGUGUGGAUGGGUGUGUGAGAGAAAGAUUGUGUGUGUGCAUGCACAGGUGCUGAGACGUUGUGAUUACUCCGUGUUCUGACUUAGGGCAAUUUGACUCUGCACUUGGGGUCUCUCUGUACAGUUACCUAUGUCAUUGUAAUGAUCUCACUCCUAACUGUGACAUUUUUAUCAAAUGCGUGAAUAAAUAUUGGUACAUAAAGAUUGGUAC